AACAUUGUGCGCCGCGACAAGCUGGUUGUUCCUAUUAGAAGAAAAGGAGUUGUAGCUCUUUCGAACAAGUAUGGAGAAGCGUAGAGGGGACGAUACCGCGAAAGGGCAUCAGGACUCCAGGUCCCCGGUCGACCCACUUCAUUAUCCCCUCAACAUUCUGGGAAACGACCUUUCCCAAGCAGCGGGACGAGACGGACCAUAUCAACUUCGGUUGCUCUUCUUCGGAUUUCUCGCCUUUCAUGUGGUCUCCAUACACACGUCCUACAUGAAGUUCAUCGACCACCCAUUCGAUCAUUGGUGCAAGAAAUCCGAGGCGUUCCGCCACAUAUCAACUGACGAAUGGAUACAUUUAGCCAUUCCUAAGGACCACAGAGGUGUUCCAGAUGCUUGUUCCAGGUACGAACCUCCAAUCCCGCUCAAUAACAUCUCCGAAAGGAACAUUGUACCCUGCGACUCCUGGGAAUUCGACCUUGGCGACCACGGAGACAGCAUCGUAUCGGAAUGGAACUUGGUAUGCAACAGUACAGGGGCUGUCCAGAUCAGUCGUCUCACCUUCAUACUGUCCAUCGCAGCCUUCCAACCAAUCGCUGGCCUCCUUUCGGACACCUACGGACGCUAUCCAAUCAUUUGCGUCUGUACGGCACUCCUUAUUGUGGGCGGCUUCAGCGUGGUCUUCGCCAAGUCUCUGAUCAUGUUUGAAGUGAUGCGUGCCAUAGUCGGAGCCUCAAGCGGAGCCUUGUACACAGUCUCUACAGUUCUAAUGAGUGAAUGCGUACCUUUAGAGCACCUCACAACCUAUAUCAUCCUCGUCCAAGGAGGAUCGUUGGUGUCAGGCUUGGAGUUGACUGCUGUCGACAGGGCAUGGCACUUGGGAUUCCGAGCGCUCCAAGUGGUCAUUAUGGUCACUACGUCCUUCACCAUUCUCGCAGUGCCCUACCUCCAUGAAUCACCCCAGUGGCUGGUAGUGGCCCAGAAGAUGCUGGAAGCAGAACAGGUGGUGUUAGAAGCUGGUAGAAUCAACGGACUUAACCGUCUAGAUGUCAAACAUGAGGUGGACAAAGCCAUGAUGAAAUACGAACGGACGAAACGACGCCAGGUUAUAUUCAAAAAAGGAUGUUCGGCCCUCUUCGGAGAGUUCUUCCUUCACAGGACUCUCAUCAUUACAGUGGCCUGGAUCUCUCUCUCCACCACUUUCUUCUUGUUCCGUCGUCGCCUAGACGAGGAGGAGCUUGCCAAGACCAUUUCAUGGUCCUUACUAGUGGAGCCUUUAACCUUGUUUGUCAGCUACGUUGUUGCAGUUAAUGUGGGCAAACGUUUUACCAUAUCUGGAUCCUUCAUCGUGUCCGGGAUCUUCUGCUGCGGCUUUGCAGUUGUUCAGUCGGUCUCCGCGAGGGCAUACCCUGUGUUGCUUCUGAGCAUGAGGGUCAUCGCACUUCUGGGAAUCAGCAUAGCAUUCACCAUUGUACCUGCACUAGCCUUCGAGCUUUAUCCAACUCAAGUGCGAGGCCAGGCGUUGUGUUAUUUCAACAUGUUUACGGUGACCGGAUUUUUCACCAGUGAUGUUACAUCUAUUGUGGACAGUUAUAUUCCUGGAAUUGGGUCCUACGUAGUUGCAGCAUCGUGUGUUGUGGUAGGAUUCCUUGUACUCACGCUACCAGAACAGUCAGUGAGUCACGCACAAGGCAAUGACUCCCCAGAAGAACAUUACCUCCACACAAGGGCAUCACUUGCAACGUUGAGAACCCUGACUGUGGAAGACACUAAGCCCGAACGUCGAAAGCCAACAAUAGGAAAGCUCGACCAAAUCGAGCAGGCUAUAUUGGGACAAAGUCCAAAAGACUCCAAGCAUACAGGCCGGAAGAAAACCCGGAAGACAUAAUUUCUGGCUGCAUGUAGCCGAGAUAGCUUGUGUUUAAGGAGCCUUAAUAAUGUGUGCAUAGCAUGUGGAAUAGCAAGGAUUUUUUUCAUCAGCAAAAUGUGCUAAUAAUACUUCAUGUUGUUGUAAUGUUAUCUUGUGAAUUGUCUUCACACAUCUGUACCAAAAAGGGCCUUUUCUAAUAAAACUUACACAA